AAUAAAAAAUAUAGUAUAUUAAUAAAAUAGAUUUUAGAUUUUAAAGACUUCUAAUUCAUGUAAUAUUACAAAAUUCAAAAUUUGUUUAUUACAAUUAAUAUUUUACAUUAGAUAUAUUAAAAUAAUAUUCUAGAUCGAUAUUCAAUUGUUAGUUUUCAACUAUUACAUGUAAAAAAAUAUUAUUAAGUACGUUUUUUUUUUAAAAGGAGUUUUUAUAUUUUAAGUAGGUUAUUGGAGUACUUUUUUUUUCGUAAAUUUAUUCGAGAAGAGAUUCCGAUCUUUUAAACUAAGAUAAUUUGUGUUCUAUACAUAAUUAUAUAUUUUUUACAUAACUUUAAAAUCUCAGACUUGAUUCUUCAUAUUUUAUUAGUUAAUUGUGUUACAUAUAAUAAAAAUAUUUACUUCAAACUAAAAAUAUAAAAAAACUCAAAUUUAAAAAUUAGUUAUAUAUAAUUUAAUAUAGAAAAAUUUACAUACAAAUAAAAAUGAUAAAUGUAACAAAUUUAAAUAUAUUAUCCGCGCGUAGCGCGGAGAAAGGAUCUAGUGGCUUUAAUAUCUUAACUAGAUCAUAAUCCAUGCUCGGUUUGAUCUUUUCUUUUUACUUUUUAUUCGUACGCGGAAUUUGUAUUGAAUAAAAAGUUAUUCACAUCAGUUCAGAAUUGGUGAAGAUAGUGAAAUUUAGAGAAACUUUAGAGAUAUACGAAUUCAUUCAGCAUUUUUACAAUCGCCAAAAUUCCACGAUCGACAAAAUUCAGCGCUGAAUGCAAAAUUUUAGCAUACAUAUGUUGUCUACAUAGAUAAAAAGUUUCCUCCUUGGAUCAUUUCCUGUGAUAGAAUCUUCUUUUGUUGUAAAAAACAAAAGUUGUUCACAUUCCCGUUGGCCGUUGUUAUUAUAUAAAUUUUUAUACUAACAUUCAAAAUUGGUUAUGAAUGUCAAUUAUUAUGUCAUACAAUAUAGUUGUGAAUUUCGAUUAGCACAUAUUAUUGGUUGUAACACUUUCAAUAACACACACAUAAUUGAUUGUCAAAUAUUGGUUGAUUUUGGAACGUUGUUUUUGUGGACCAUAAACUUUUUUGGUUACUUCAUAAAUAAACUUAUAAUCAAAUGAGGGAAAAACCAGAAAUAUAAAGACGGCCAUGAUCUAUAAUAAACUUUCAUCCAUACGUUACAUCUUGGAACUUAAUUAGUACACAUUGAUAUUAUUCAGGUAUUAGGCUAUUAAUUAUGAACAAUCAUGAUCAUUGUGAUGUAUGUAUGUAUGCAUGUAUGAACAUAUACACACAUGUGUAAAUUGUAACUGUGUAUUGUAUAUACUAGACUACUUUUUCUUUUCUCUUGCAUGCAUAUACACAUGGAGAAGCUGAUCAUGCAUGGUGAACCAAAGAAAUGAAAAGAAAACUCUAAUCCAAACCUAAACGGACCUAUAAUUACCACUAAUUAACAUUAAUCAUAUCUCUCUUGUAACUCCAAAUUUAACAGAGCAAUCAAUUAGCCGUCACCCCACGUCCUCAAAUGGAUUUAUCAUCACUUCAUUUCUUCUCUCUAUCUCUCUCCCGUUUCUAUAUAAAUGGUUUCUCCCUCUCUAGCUUUACAACACAACCUUAUCUCUCUUGCUCGCACUGUACAAUGGCUGAUCAUACACUCAACGAAGAGAACCCGUUCUCAGUUCUAACCCAUUCACUUUCCUUUGAUGAUCACAGGUCAAUUCAUAAGCUUUUGUUUAGUUUAACUUUGUUAUUUUCUUGUAAUCUAAAUUCUCAUAUGUUAUAUUGCACACGCAGCUUGUUAACGUAUCCUUCAUUUGAAUGGGAAGAAGAGCAUCUUUUUAUGAACAACUCUGUCUAUGAAGCUUUUCCUUUGCCUACACCUUUACCUGACCUUGAACCCUUGUCUCAAGAUGUACUCGAGUCAUAUAGCUCUGCAUCAUUGAACGUAACAGACCAGAACAGAGGACAAGGUGACUUGGAGCAGAAUACUGAAGAAGAAGCAGUGCAAGAGACGACUAAUAAGAGGAAAAUUAACAGAUAUGUUACUACCUACACAACCUUUUCAACUUCAAAGGCGUUGUCCAUGGAAACUAUAUCUCUAUACUUCUACAUGCCAAUAACUCAGGCAGCUACUGAACUCGACGUUGGUUUAACUCUUCUAAAAAGAAGAUGUCGCGAGCUAGGCUUUACUCGGUGGCCUCAUCGCAAACUCAUGAGCCUACUAGCUCUGAUUAGUAACGUCAAGAAGUUUGAAGGAGGAGAGAAUGCAGAAAAACUCAAGAACACACUGCUGGAGAUGCUAGAGAAUCAGAAGAGGAGGAUUGAAGAGAAUCCGGAUUUGGAGUUUGAUGACAAGACAAAGAGGCUAAGACAAGCUUGUUUCAAGGCUACACACAAGAUGAAGAAGAAGGCAAGUCUCAAGUCUGACCACUUGUGUGGUUUCGCAAAAGAGUUUAAUUAGUGGUUAGUGAAAUAUGUUUUUUUAAUGAGAAAUUGGAUUGUAAUGCCAAAUGCUUUUUGACUGAUCAUUCAAUAAACAGAUAACAUAAACAUACUUAAGACAAAGAAAGAAUCUCUUCUUCAUUGUGUCUUAAACAUUCAGCUUCUCAAUCUCUCUCCUUAAAGCAUUAGCUCUAAACACACUCCCAAUAGUGUUCACAGCCAACUUCAAAUCCUCCAAAGGACUACCCGGAGCAACUCUCUUGUAAAGAUAACUAUCAAACGUCAUCUUCUGAACAUACUCA